GUGCUCGCGCGCACACGUACGUACGUACGCCUCCCCUCUCGCUGCUGGCGGUUGUCCAGGCACCUUCAAUUUGUCUUUAACGGCCGCCUCGCUGACCGCAGCAACUCUGUCCGGCUACGGUGCCAGCUCUGAACACAAACCGUGGGCCAGGGAGUGCGCCAACACUGGCACGAUAAAGAAAAAAGAAAAGUAGCCUGUUGAGGAAAGGAAGCUCGUCGGCAGCUGCGGCUUCUGUCCCUGGAGCAGGAAGGAAAUUUUGAGGACUGGGAACACAUUUUUGGUUCGUCGUUUUCCCGGCACCUUACAGCAGGACAGAAGAUAAUAAGAGUCGAGAUUCGAAAGGGAACCGAGUUGGACGUUUGUUUCCCCCCUAAAGGAAGAUGGCAUCAAAUGACUCGCGGCUCCAGCAGCAGCCUUCACAGAAGGAUGCAGCCGACCAGAACUUCGACUACAUGUUCAAGCUGCUGAUCAUCGGCAACAGCAGCGUGGGAAAAACCUCCUUUCUGUUCCGCUACGCAGACGACUCCUUCACCUCCGCCUUCGUCAGCACCGUGGGCAUCGACUUUAAGGUUAAGACUGUCUUCAGGAACGACAAGAGGAUCAAGCUGCAGAUUUGGGACACAGCAGGACAAGAGCGCUAUCGUACAAUCACUACAGCCUACUACAGGGGAGCCAUGGGCUUCCUGCUCAUGUAUGACAUCACUAACCAGGACUCCUUCAGUGCAGUGCAGGACUGGGCGACACAGAUCAAGACAUACUCAUGGGACAAUGCCCAGGUGAUCCUGGUGGGUAAUAAGUGUGACCUGGAGGACGACAGGCUUAUACCUACAGAGGAUGGCCAGCGGCUGGCAGAGGAACUCGGGUUUCAGUUUUUCGAGGCCAGCGCUAAGGACAACAUCAACGUCAAGCAGGUGUUCGAGCGUUUGGUGGAUGUCAUCUGUGACAAGAUGAACGAGAGCAUGGAAGGAGACGGCAACCUCAUACCCAACCACAGGAACCCGGGCCUUAAAGACUCACCUUCAGAGAGCCAUGGGGGCUGUGCUUGCUAAACCAUUUGUCUUUUUACCAAGUCUCCCAACACACACACCCACACACACAUAUAUGAAGAACAAUCUUCUGUCUGUGCCUCAACCAUGGAAAGUGCUGCACCUCUUCCUCUAUCUUCUGCUUUCUCCACACAGCUGCACAGCUCCAUGGGACCGCUAGCUGAGAUAAGCUACAUGAGCUCUGUCAGACCCCUCUACUCCCCACCUCUGAGUCUUUCUGCCUCAGCGGUGCCGACCCAUCAGCUGUUUGAUGUGAUGAUCCUCCACUAAAACCUGCCCAGCACACUAUCCCCACAUCAACCUCUUCUCUUUAGUAUUGACAGUUUGUGGAAUUAGGUUUUGAAACAAAGAUUUAUGCAGAUAGCUGCGAGUUAGUGGGGCCACAUUUUAUCUGAGGUUCACAUGAAGCUACUAAACUCCCUUUCAUUUAGAAGCAUUUAGGACAGUUUUACAUAGAUGUUAGCAGCUGCACUAAUGUAGGCUACAUUGGUGUCUUUUAACAGCCAUUUUAUACUGUAGAAAUGUAUCUCUAGAAAUGACUUAUUAUAAAAUAUAAUAUGAAUUUCCUAAAAUAUUAGUGACCGUUCCUUCAAGUUCAGUUGAAAUUUGGCCUCGUUUUCUGUUUAUUACGCAAAGUUGUGUGAAAUACCCAUUAGUAUGUAGUAUGUGUGUUAGUUGCAGUAGACGGCAUUCAGAGUUCUCCUAGUUUGGAAAAUCAGGGAGGAAUUCUGAUGGGAGAGCUAAGCUAGCGGCUAAUCUCAGAAAGGCCACAAAAGAAGACACUUUCUCGAUAUGAGACAACUCAAACCUAGUUAAAAAUUCAUGGUGAUAUAAGUGAAUGAUUUGUUUAGUGAAUUUUGCACUACAACCGGCUAAACUGUUAGAUGUAAAAGUGACAUGGUAUAAAUGUUAGUAUACAUAGUGUUUGCUUGUUCUGCUUUGAGAUGUUAGAAGUUUCAGUUGUUUUAGGGGGGAAUAUCUACACUUCUGAGUAGCUCUUUGCUUAGAUUCCCUGUCAGCGUUGGGCUCUGAUCCAAACUGAGAGCGCUCUGAUCGCUGUCUACUGAACGUAUGUGGAGCCCCGGCCUGCCUUGUGUAAAACAUGCUUGUAUGAUCAUUUGCUUGUCACAUGAUCUGCCUCAGGCGUUCAGUUAUCUCAAUGUGCUCCUCUAUCUGUAACGCCUUUUCUCUUAGUCACAUGUGCUCAUGAGGACACACACACAAACACACACAAUUGCAGCAUGGCUAACUGUUGGCAUGUUAAUAACUGAUACUGUACAAAGUGGUAAAUGAUCAUGUUUCCUUUGUUCCUGACAUAAUUACUGGUCUAUAGAAGUGCAGCACGUUGAUGGUGUGUAAGAAAGGGAAGAACACUGAUCCUGUUGCAACAAUCAGGAAAAGUCAGCUGCUGUGGAGUCACUUUAUUCCCCUUUACUGUUAUAUCUGUCAUCUGUCUGAAGAGACUAAUAUGAGGUUUUAUAUUCAUUCCACGUGUUUGCCACAAUUUAAUUGUACAUAAAUACUUUUUAUUUUCCUUUAUGACAUUUUUGACUUUUCAGUAUUGAACUGAACUGAUCAUUUCUGUUUUCUGAUAGAAGAAAACAUAUUUCUCCUGAUAAUGAUGAUUGUAACAGUACCAUUUCACUGUCACCACUGUACACAUGCUGACUGCUACCUGUCAGCAUCAACCAUAGCUACUGUACAGUGAUAGCAGACCCUCAGAACAGGGGCUAGGUCGCAACUAGUAGUCAGUCCACUCCCUGCUAUUAUUUAAACCAGUGGUCACUUAUCUCUCCUGUCAGUGUCUGCUGCUGACUGCUGAUAAAGUUUUUAUAGAUAUCAGGUAGCUGAUAUGAUGUCAUCUGUACCACACUGAGGUUUGAUGGAGGCUCUUAAAAGAUCCCUGUCUCAUAACACCGCUUGUAUUGCAUCUUUUGUGCUGUUUGUAACGUAUUAAACUGGAAGCAGAGGCAUGAAAGAUCAUUGUCUCCAAAGGGGUUUAGAGCAUGCCAACACACAUAUUUAUUCAUUUUUAAACACUGUGUUCAGAUU